ACAAGUUCCGGUAGUUGUAAAGCAGGAACAGGCGUACCAAGAAUUCGGAUAAUUUUAACUGCUGAUGGUAAACACUGACCUUUCUUCAAAACCAAUCCCCUCCUUUUAUGGGAGUAUUUAAGCGGAGGACGCAGAGAAUAAUUUGUAUUUUUCUUAAAAAAAAAGAAAGUUAAAUUAAAACAAAGAGGAAAGCAAAAACAGAGAGAAAAGCAAGAGCCCUUUGGUUGAAUUGAUAGCCAGAGGGCUAGACUUGUUUCAGGAAGGAGAAGGAGAUAAUAACUUGCCAUUUUACCAUUUAAUUCAAUCAUGCUAUUUUUAAGGAUCGUUAGGGCUCUCCUUCCUGGAUUUAGGGUUUCAAAGCUAACAUCUUUGUCGUGGCGCUUGUAAAUGCAUCUCUGUGGAGUUCUUCCUCCUUGGAUCUAUCAUCUUGUUGCAUGCAUGGGAGCAGAGGUUGUUUUGGAUGCUGUAUAAAACCUUCUACAAGUAUCACAGUCGAUAACUCAUCAAAGGGAUUAAGAAAUCAAGAGCAAACAGCAAAGCAACUUGGCAUAUCAGACGACUUUUGGAGCACCAGUGCAGGUGAAAUGGACUAUAGUGGAGUACAAUCCCAACGAAGUGUUUCAUCAAUCAGCACACUGAAUCAACCUUUUGAUCCUUACACUAAUGCUGGCAGCACAAGCAAUCCUUCGGAAUUUGUAAAUCAUGGUCUUCUUCUUUGGAAGCAAACCAGGCAGCAAUGGCUUGCAAAUAAAAAGUCUCCAAACAAGACACAAGUACGAGAACCUACUCUAAGUUGGAAUGCUACUUAUGAAAAUUUACUAGGGACAAACAAGCCUUUUCCCAGACGUAUUCCUCUUGCUGAAAUGGUGGAUUUUCUUGUUGAUGUUUGGGAACAGGAGGGUUUGUAUGACUGAAUAAGCUGGGGAUUUUACAAGCUUGCUCUCUUUCCCCCAGUUCCCGAGUCAGGCCUUUGGAAUGGUGUUCACCAACACCUUGUGAUCUUUAUACCUUUCCUUUCAUCUUUUCAUGCCCUUUUCUUUGGGUAUGCUUUCCGACCAGCAAAUUCUUGUUAUUUGUAUUUUCAGAUUAGACUUGCUCUGCAAUUUAUCAACUUGGGUUUUGUGUGGCAAACUUCAGAUUCAUUUAUAAUCACAGGAAUUUACAAAUAUAAAUCUUCAUUUGAUGUGAUA